UGUCAGCCUUCGGCAGGAGGAUCAUAAUGUUGUGCUCUUAUGCGGCUACUGGUAUUGUGUUUAUCGGUCAAGGUGCUGCGAGUUUCUUCCAACAUGAUGCGAAUGCACUGAGGUAAGCCUCUCUCCUUGCUCUAUAUCAUGGUAAAGAUCCGACGCCUGUCCAGGUUCAUCGGUGUCUCUAUCCUCCUUGUCGGUUCAAUCGCUGCUCUCGGUGUCGGCCCGGCAUGGCCCGUCCUCAUUAGUGAGCUGUCAUCUGUCAGACUGAGGGCGAAAUCGCCCGCCAUCAGGUUCAUGACCAAUGCAUUGGCUGGUGUUGCGUUCAGCAUCUCAGUGCCUUACAUGUUCAACGACGAUGUGGGAAAUUGGGACGCAAGAUCGGUUUCAUAUUCGCUCUCCUGUGCUUCUUCGGCUUUGGCUUAUCUUGGAUGUUCCUUCCUGAGACCAAGGCUAAGCCGUAUGAGGAGCUGGGUUACUUGUUCGAGAGGAGAGUGCCGGCAAGGCAAUUCAAGGAGGUAUAUGGCGAGUACAACUAGUUCGCGUGGUAGAAUUGUAGUGGGUUAUGCUCUGGUUGGCUAAGUAUCGAUGAGUAGAUGUGAUGCCAUUGCUGCUCCGUAAUUGAUGGUGUCUGGCUUGCAUCGAACGCUGUGAAUUUAGAACGGAGUGUCAUGUGUACGAGAAGGCAUCAAGCAACCCGUAUGAUGUACGUUGGUGUCGUCUUACAAU